GUUGCUUCUCUCUCUCUAUCUCUCUCUCUGGGUUAAAGAGAUUUCUCUUCACAUUUUCGCAAAUAAAGGAAAUACAUUUUCUUAGUAGCUACAGAGCUGAAGAGAUGGAAGCAAGCAGGAAGAGAACUGAUGCACAGAAGCAGCUCGGCUCUGAGGGAUCUCAAGGAGAGAUGGAAGCAAGCAUGAUGAAAACAGAUGAGCUCUACUCUGAGGGAUCUCAAGGAGACUUUGAAGAGCUUGAGAAGAUGGUCAAUCAUCUCGAGGAGGAAACUAAGAAUCUGAGAGAGAAGCUGACUCAGCGAGAACAGGUGAUGGUCGUUGUGAUGAGUGACCACGAGGUGAAACUCAGUGACCAAAAAAAGUGUUUGGAGCUGAAGGAAGAAAGCUGGAAGAUGGAAAGAAUCAACUUUGUGAAGCAACUCAGUGACCUAAGGAAGAGUAUGGAGCUGCAGGAGGAAAGCUGGGUGGUGGAGAGAAGAGACCUUAAAGAACAGUUUGAGGAGCAACUGAAGGAGGAAAGCUGGAAGAGGGAACUAAAACUUCUUGAAGAAAAGUUGGAGAAGCAGCUCAAUGAGCAAAACCAGAAGGAGGAAAGCUGGAAGAAGGAGGAAAGCAAGCUUCAUGAACAGUUUGAGAAACUUCUCCAAGAAAACAACACCAAUGUGGAACAGCUUGCUGUAUACCAGCAGCUUUACAACAAGGAUAACCUGCUCACUGGAUCUCCACUGGAGAGAUUUCAAGGUCUGCUCCCCACUUGGAUGACUACAGCUGUUGCUCCUAAAGGAUAUAUAAGUGGAGACGAGCUUGGAGUCCUUACGGCCAAUCUGAUCUCCACCACAGCGCUGAUGGUGACUUUUGCCAACAAAGAAACCAAGAUCAUGUUUCCACUUGGAUUUAUGACCUUGUGUGGCACUGUUGUCGGCAGCGUGUUUAACAACAUCGUGACUAAGAUAUCUAUGGAUCCUGAUGCAAAAGGCCUGCCAGAACUAAAUAAGUCAUUCAGUCAAGUUCCAUGGGUGUUGGCUGGAGCUGUGGUUCCACUGCUAGUGGGUGGAUUCAUAAAGGAUUGGGGAACAAGAUGUGCUGUUACUUCUGCUGCAACACUAGCUGUGCAGGUAACAUCAGUGGGAGGAUGGAAAGCUUCAUAUGGAAUCAAAUUUGGAACAGCUGCAUCGAUUGUUGGACUUGGAGUGAUUGGCAUAUUCCUUGCAGCAGGUCUUCCCCUAGUCAUUGACAUGAUAGGAAAGAAGUGAAAUCAAGAGAGUUCGUAGUUAAUGAAUGGAGUGUGGUUGAGACUCGAAGUUAUCCGGUGGAACCAAGUGAAGCUCCUCCUCAUUGGCCUUUCUUAUCUUUCAUGUUUUGUUUGUUAAAACCGUUUUGAAAAAAUUGUUAUCUUGUUUUUAGUUGCAAAUCAAUACUUUGAACUUUGAAGUGUUAACUUUCUUUUGGCAACAAUCAAUGCUCUUAUGUGAGAAUUUUUGUUUCACUUGUCUGGGAAUAAACCUAUUCACGUGGAGUGAGAAUGCUUAUUGUCUCUCGCAUCCUCCACGUGUUUAGUAUAGGUGGAAGA